UCACCCUGCCACACUCUAGCGCGAGAGACGAGACAGAGAAGGAGAGAAGGAAGCACAAAUGUCGACAUAGGGAUAGUGGAAGAUUUCUCAGCAGUCACCAUUUCUUUCUUCUUUUAUUUUCUUUGUUUGUUUGUGUUUUCUUCUUCUACCUGUCUGCGUGUCUGUGUAGUGCUUGGUUUCCUUUUUAGGUGGAAAAGGAAAAGACGAGAUCCGCACCGUAAAGCUGAAAAAGUUCUCUCUCUCUACUUAUCUGUCUUUUCCAUUUCAGUUCCUCUGUUUCUGUGGAGAUUCAUCGUAUCGAUGCUUUCUCCAUCUAUAUGUAUAGAUUUACUUCGAACUUCGCUCGUAAAAUUUCCCCCUUUUCGUUCUCCUUCUCUGUUCCUGAUUUUCUCGUUCAAAUUUGGAUUCAAUUCACUUCGUAAAGCCCCUUUUUCUUUGUAUCCUCCGUGGAUUCUCUGAAAUUCUUAAUUCACCUCGCUCUCCUACAUUUGGUCAAUUUCGUCUUACUUUCUUGUAAAAUUCCUUCUUUGGUAAACUCUUCACGUCUGAUUCUAUCCUUCUGAUGUUUUAUUUCACCCCUCUGUUUCGAUUGUCUCCGAAUUUUCCUUCGAAACCCCCUUUUCUGUAUUCAAUUUCCUGUAUAUUUCUUCCAUCGGAUUCGUUUUUUAUAUGUUGUCUUAAUUGUUUGAGAUUUCGCCUCAAAAUUUGAUAUUUCGAGCUUGAUUCUCGCCUAUGGUUGUUCACAUCAGCUGUCUUUCUUAUUUUUCUAUCAAUCUUCGCACGGAUCAGACUGCCCUCGUGACAGUUCUUCCUGUCUGGGAAUUGUCGUUUCCAAGGGAAGGAGAGACUGGCUUUCCUGAUGGUGUCAAAAGGUAGAAUAGCUUAGCUUAGCUCCUAAAAGUAAUGGCAGAUCGGGGUCGUUCAGUUUCAAUUGAAGAAUUGCCCACUCAUUUGAUUCUUGAGAUUUUGAGUUCGGGCCGGUUGAGUGCGGCUGAUCUCGCCUGUUUAGAGCAGACUUCUCGGAUUUUCAGAGGGAAUCAUGACAUUUUCCCCCUCAAGUUCCGAUCUUUGGUUGAUUUUGCUGCAUUCCAGCUCUGUGCUUCGCAUCCAAUUUUUGGUUCUAUGCCUCCAAAUGCACAGAAAGAGCUCUUUGAUCGGUGUCGUGAGAACUGGAAGCGGGUGCUGAGGUUCUUGCAGUCUGCGGAACAAUCCUCUGACAUGGUCGAGACCUCAGCAGGCAAUCAGAUGCAGAUUACCACUGGAAGAUAUCACACACUACUUAUAAGUGGCUCGUCUGUAUACUCUUGUGGAUCCAAUUUAUGUGGCGUUCUGGGUCAUUGCUCCGGUACCACACAGUGUGUAACAUUUAGCCGGAUAGACUUCCCAUCUUCAUCACAUGUAGUUCAUGUCUCGGCCUCCCACAACCAUGCAGCUUUUGUUAUGCAGUCAGGAGAGGUAUUCACAUGUGGAGAUAAUUCAUCAUUCUGUUGUGGUCAUGGAGAAGCAGGACGUCCUAUUUUCAAGCCAAGAGUCGUUGAAGCACUGAGGGGAGUUCCUUGCAAGCAGGUUGCAACAGGGCUUAGUUUUACCAUGUUCCUUACAAGGGAAGGCCAUGUAUACACAUGCGGGACAAACACACAUGGCCAGCUUGGCCACGGUGACACUUUAGACAGGCCAACACCAAAAAUUGUUGAACAGCUUGAGGGCGUUGGUUUUGUAGUUCAAGUUUCUGCUGGCCCAAGUUACUCCUUAGCUGUAACCAGUGAUGGGACAGUUUACUCCUUUGGGUCUGGUUCCAAUUUCUGUCUUGGACAUGGAGAACAGCAUAAUGAACUCAGACCACGUGCAAUCCAGUCAUUUAAGAGGAAGGGAAUUCAUGUCAUCCGUGUCUCUGCUGGGGAUGAGCAUGUCGUGGCACUCGAUUCAAGUGGAUAUGUAUACACAUGGGGCAAAGGAUACUGUGGUGCAUUGGGUCAUGGAGAUGAGAUCGAUAAGACUACUCCAGCACUAUUGAGUGGCCUCAAGAGUCACCUUGCAGUACAGGUGUGUGCAAGAAAGAGGAAAACCUUUGUUCUAGUGGACGAUGGUUCUGUUUUUGGUUUUGGGUGGAUGGGUUUUGGGAGCUUGGGGUUUUCAGAUAGGGAAAUCUCAGACAAAAUCAUGAAGCCUCGAGUCCUGGAUAGCUUAAGAUCUCAUCACAUUUCUCAGAUAAGCACAGGGCUGUACCACACUGUUGUAGUCACUAACAGGGGCCAGAUAUUUGGGUUUGGAGACAACGAAAGAGCACAGCUCGGACAUGAAUCAUUGAGAGGAUGCCUCAAACCAACAGAGAUCAUUGUUCCAGAAACAGUGGAUGAGGAUGUCCAUGUGGCGGAAAAUCAGAAAAUGUAUAACCCUUGAGGAGCUGCCUUCUUGUAUAUCAAGAAUGUGAGUUUGUAGUCUACAAGUUAAUAGAAGCAGUUUGUUUAGCAUCCUUCCCACAUGAUUGUCCAAAAUGCAGACAGAAUUAGAAAAAAAUUGUCUUUAACCCAAAAGGUAAAAGGUUAAGUUAUUGUUGUUUAGCAGAUAUACUGUUGCUUGUUUUCUUCGAUAAUGUGAUCCUGAAGACCUUGAUACGAGAUUCAAAAGCCCAAAGGUGUUGUAAUGAUCCAUCUACUUGAUGUUUUGGUGCAUGGUGCAUCUGCAAUAAGAUUUUUUUUUAAGAUUUUUAAGGC